UCAGAGAGUCACACAACAACGACAGUUCGUCUGCGAUAACAUACUGCGAAUCCCCCGAAAGAAAUCGAAUAGGAACCUUUCACAGUUCUACCUUCCGACUGUUCAUCGCUUCAUCAUGCCAGGGAAAGGAGAAGGUCCGGCGAUCGGCAUUGAUCUCGGCACGACGUACUCCUGCGUCGGCGUCUGGCAGCACGAUAGGGUUGAGAUCAUCGCCAACGAUCAGGGAAACCGAACGACACCGUCUUAUGUCGCGUUCACCGACAGCGAGCGCCUGAUCGGCGAUGCCGCCAAGAACCAGGUCGCAAUGAACCCUACCAACACCGUCUUCGAUGCUAAGAGGCUGAUUGGUAGGAGGCUCAGCGAUCCAUCGGUGCAGAGCGACAUCAAGCUCUGGCCAUUCAAGGUGAUCGCCGGUCCAGGCGACAAGCCGAUGAUCAAUGUCAGCUACAAAGGCGACGAGAAGCAAUUCGCCGCCGAGGAGAUCUCAUCCAUGGUCCUAAUCAAGAUGCGAGAGAUUGCCGAGGCUUUCCUAGGCACAGAAGUGAAGAACGCCGUCGUCACCGUCCCUGCAUACUUCAACGACUCACAGCGGCAGGCAACCAAGGACGCUGGUGUGAUUGCAGGCCUCAACGUCAUGCGUAUCAUCAACGAGCCCACUGCUGCCGCCAUCGCCUAUGGCCUCGACAAGAAGGCCACCAGUGUCGGCGAGAAGAACGUCCUGAUCUUCGAUCUUGGCGGUGGCACAUUCGAUGUCUCCCUGCUGACAAUCGAAGAGGGUAUCUUCGAAGUGAAAGCCACCGCUGGAGACACUCAUUUGGGUGGUGAGGAUUUCGACAACAGGAUGGUGAAUCAUUUCGUUCAGGAGUUUAAGAGGAAGAACAAGAAGGAUAUCAGCGGGAGCCCGAGAGCUCUUAGGAGGCUUAGAACGGCUUGCGAGAGAGCCAAGAGAACCCUCUCCUCAACGGCGCAGACCACGAUCGAGAUCGAUUCCCUCUUCGAGGGUAUCGAUUUCUACUCCACCAUCACGCGUGCGAGGUUCGAGGAGAUGAACAUGGACCUCUUCAGGAAGUGUAUGGAGCCAGUGGAGAAGUGCUUGAGGGAUGCUAAGAUGGACAAGAGCACGGUGCACGACGUUGUUCUUGUGGGCGGUUCCACUAGGAUUCCCAAGGUUCAGCAGCUCCUCCAGGACUUCUUCAAUGGGAAGGAGCUUUGCAAGAGCAUUAAUCCAGAUGAGGCGGUGGCUUAUGGUGCAGCAGUUCAAGCUGCAAUUUUGAGUGGCGAGGGUAAUGAGAAGGUUCAGGAUUUGCUUCUCUUGGACGUCACCCCUCUGUCUCUAGGGCUGGAAACUGCUGGAGGUGUGAUGACUGUCCUGAUUCAGAGGAACACGACGAUCCCAACUAAAAAGGAGCAGGUUUUCUCGACCUACUCCGAUAAUCAGCCUGGAGUGUUGAUCCAGGUCUACGAAGGCGAGAGGACUAGGACGAGGGACAAUAACUUGUUGGGCAAGUUUGAGCUCUCUGGCAUUCCACCAGCUCCAAGGGGGGUUCCUCAGAUCACUGUGUGUUUCGACAUUGAUGCCAACGGCAUCUUGAAUGUCUCGGCGGAGGAUAAAACGACAGGGCAGAAGAACAAGAUCACGAUUACCAACGACAAGGGCAGACUGUCGAAGGACGAGAUUGAGAAGAUGGUUCAGGAGGCCGAGCGGUACAAGGCCGAGGACGAGGAUCACAAGAAGAAGGUGGAGGCAAAGAAUGCGUUGGAGAACUACGCUUACAACAUGAGGAACACGGUGAGGGACGAGAAGAUUAGCUCCAAGUUGGCCGCAGACGACAAGAAGAAGAUUGAGGACUCCAUCGACCAGGCGAUUCAGUGGCUGGAUAACAACCAGCUCGCUGAGUCGGAUGAGUUCGAGGAUAAGAUGAAGGAGCUUGAAGGAAUUUGCAACCCUAUCAUUGCUAAGAUGUACCAGGGUGGCGCCGGUCCUGACAUGGGUGCCGGCGGUCAUGCUGACGUUCCACCGGCUGGCGCCAGCAGCGGUGCCGGUCCCAAGAUUGAGGAGGUCGAUUAAACCGAGGAUACGGUGGCGUUUUAAGUUCGCGUAGUGCGUUUUGCAAUUUUUGUGGUGUUUUUUUUUAAUAACCUUUUUGGUUAUCUAGCUUACAGUUGAGAACAAUUAUGAUUUACUUUCCUUUGAUCUAGCUUCAAAAGAAUGUUUCGGAUAAUGUUACAUUACGCAGUACUGAUAGUUUCUAAUCGAAGUAG